UUUCCCGUAUGUAAGAACAUAUUGGUGUUGAACAUAGUUUGUUCAAUUUGUGAAUACUUUAUGCUUUAUAGAUUGAACGUGAAAAGUUUUUGGUGAUUUCAAGCGUAGUAAUACAACAUGGCAACUACGAAAGGUAGGGCGCUAAUAAUUUUAGCUGAAGGUGCAGAAGAAAUGGAGACAGUAAUAACAGCAGAUGUGCUUCGUCGUGGAAAGGUUGAUACGACCAUUGCUGGGUUGAACGGAGAAGGUCCAGUUCAGUGCAGUCGUAAAGUUGUCGUGAAACCCGAUUUAAGUUUGGAAGAUGCGCACAAAUUGGCACCUUUUGAUGCAGUCAUUUUGCCCGGGGGACUUGGUGGAGCUGAAAGAUUGGGAAAGUCACAAAAAGUAAAAAGUGUUUUACAAGAGCAGGAAAAAGCGGAUCGCAUCAUUGCUGCUAUCUGUGCAGGUCCUACUGCUCUUGCUGCACAUGGUAUUGGAGUCGGUAAAGCUUUAACAUCAUAUCCAUCAGUUAAAGACAAAUUCAAAGAUUACAAAUAUUCUGAGGACCGAGUAUGUAUUGAUGGAAAACUUAUAACAAGUCGUGCACCAGGAACUGCAUUUGAGUUUGCUAUAGAAAUUGUAAGAGCUGUCAGAGGAGACGAUGGAGUUGCUGAUGGUUUAGCUGCACCAAUGUUGUUGCAAUAACAAACUGUAUAUUUGCUCACGACUUACAUCACAUCAAGAAUUGUGUGAAAGCAAUGGUUAUCAUUGGUACUUCAACUUGUAUUAAAACGUUUAUGUGAUGUUGAAAACCAUAUCAUUGGAUGGCUUAGAAAAUAUGUGGAGUUGAGUGUUUACUAAAACCAUAUUAUUUUGUCAUAUUCCAUAUCACUUAAUACAUAGUUAAUCAAAGCAA